AUGGGGUUUCCCCCCUCUACAAUCCCAAAACAGAUCAUCACUUCUCUUCUCUUAGCAAUGUCUGUAAGCUUAAUGAAUCACUCACUUCCUACCAAAAUCUUUUCCCUCGCCUUGCUUCUUUUAAUAAACUCUCUUUUGUUUCCUUGUUGUUACUCCCAGCUGAAUGAGCAAGGGCAAGCUCUUUUAGCAUGGAAGAACAGUUUAAACAGUACUGGAAAUGCAUUAGCAUCUUGGAAUCCUUCCAACCCAAGCCCAUGCAAUUGGUUUGGGGUGCGCUGCAACUUUCAAGGAGAGGUGGUUGAGAUAAACCUGAAGUCAGUGAACUUGCAAGGCUCAUUACCUUCAAAUUUGCAACCUCUUAGGUCUUUGAAGAUUCUUGCCCUCUCAACAGCCAACAUCACGGGCAGGAUUCCAAAGGAGAUUGGAGACUGUAAAGAGCUCAUUGUCAUUGAUCUCAGUGGCAAUUCUCUCUUUGGUGAAAUCCCAGAAGAAAUUUGCAGGCUGAGCAAACUGCAGACUUUAGCUUUGCAUGCCAAUUUUCUUGAAGGCAAAAUUCCAUCCAGCAUAGGAAAUUUAUCAAGUCUUGUGAACUUGACACUCUAUGACAACAAACUGAGUGGCGAAAUUCCAAAUAGUAUUGGCUCAUUAACUGAGCUCCAAGUUUUGAGAGUAGGAGGAAACACAGACCUUAAGGGUGAGGUGCCGUGGGAAAUUGGAAACUGCACCAACUUGGUGGUGUUAGGCCUUGCAGAAACCAGCAUUUCUGGGAGCCUUCCUUCUUCAAUAGGGCUGCUGAAAAGAAUUCAGACCAUAGCCAUUUACACAACUCUGCUGUCAGGCUCUAUACCAGAAGAGAUAGGGAAGUGCAGAGAGUUGCAGAACCUGUACUUGUAUCAGAACUCAAUCACUGGUUCAAUCCCAAGUCAAAUUGGAGACCUCAGCAAGCUUCAGAAUCUUCUCUUAUGGCAAAACAAUAUAGUAGGUACAAUCCCAGAAGAGCUUGGAAGCUGCAGUCAACUGGAAGUCAUAGACAUGUCAGAAAAUCUUCUCACAGGUAGCAUACCAACCAGUUUUGGUAAGCUAACAAAUCUGCAAGGGCUUCAACUGAGUGUCAAUAAGCUUUCAGGCAUUAUACCUCCUGAAAUCACAAAUUGCACUUCCCUGACUCAGCUGGAAGUUGACAAUAAUGCUAUUUCUGGAGAGAUUCCUCGUCCUAUUGGCAACUUGAGAGGCUUGACUCUCUUCUUUGCAUGGAAGAACAAGCUCACAGGAAAAAUCCCAGAUAGUCUUUCACAGUGCCAAGAUCUUCAGGCACUUGAUCUCUCUUACAACAAUUUAACUGGUCCAAUACCCAAACAACUUUUUGGGCUGAAGAACCUCACUAAACUGUUGCUUCUUUCCAAUGAUUUGUCAGGCUUUAUACCACCUGAGAUAGGUAACUCCACAAGUCUCUACAGGUUGAGGUUAAAUCACAAUAGACUGUCAGGUAGCGUUCCAUCUGAGAUUGCCAACUUGAAGAAUUUGAACUUUUUGGACGUAAGCAGCAAUCAUCUUGUAGGGGAGAUUCCUCCUACACUAUCCAGAUGCCAAAAUCUUGAGUUUCUGGACCUCCACUCAAAUAGUCUCAUUGGCACAGUUCCAGACAAUCUGCCCAAAAACCUGCAGUUAAUCGACCUCUCAGACAACAGGCUCACAGGUGAACUGAGCCAUUCCAUUGGAUCAUUAACUGAAUUAGCAAAACUCAACUUGGGAAAGAAUCAACUCAGCGGAAUCAUCCCUGCUGAGAUCCUAUCUUGCUCCAAGUUACAACUUUUGGACUUGGGAAGCAAUAGUUUCUCUGGAGAAAUUCCCAAGGAAGUUGCUCAAAUUCCUUCACUAGAAAUCUUGGUCAAUCUUAGUUGUAACCAGUUUUCUGGUGAAAUCCCACCUCAGUUCUCCGGUCUUAGAAAACUCGGAGUGCUUGACCUCUCCCACAACAACCUCUCAGGAAAUUUGGAUGCUCUUUCUGACCUUCAAAACCUCGUUUCGUUAAAUGUUUCCUUCAAUGGCUUCACUGGAGAAUUGCCUAACACACCAUUCUUCAGGAAACUCCCUCUCAGUGAUCUCACAGGAAAUGAUGGCCUCUACAUUGUCGGAGGUGUUGUAACUGCAGCUGAUAGAAAGGAAGCCAAGGGUCAUGCCAAGUUGGCUAUGAAGAUUAUACUGUCCAUUCUCUUAAGCACUAGCGCAGUACUUGCACUGCUCACAAUCCAUGUCUUAAUGCGUGCUCAUGUUUCUAACAAAGCACUCAUGGGAAACAACAAUUGGGUGAUAACUUUGUAUCAAAAGUUUGAAUUCUCUAUAGAUGAUAUUGUCCAGAAUUUGACAUCAUCCAAUGUGAUUGGCACUGGAAGCUCUGGAGUUGUGUACAAGGUUACAGUUCCAAAUGGUCAAACACUGGCAGUUAAAAAGAUGUGGUCAUCCGCAGAGUCAGAAGCAUUUACUUCUGAAAUUCAAACUCUAGGUUCAAUUAGACAAAAGAACAUCAUGAAGCUUCUAGGUUGGGGGUCCAGCAAGAACAUGAAGCUGCUGUUUUAUGAGUACCUCCCUAAUGGAAGCUUGAGUUCAUUACUUCAUGGUUCAGGAAAGGGCAAAGCAGAAUGGGAGACCCGAUUUGAUGUAAUGUUAGGAGUGGCUCAUGCACUUGCAUAUUUGCACCAUGACUGUGAGCCUUCGAUAUUGCAUGGAGAUGUCAAAGCCAUGAACGUGUUGUUAGGUCCUGGUUAUCAGCCUUACCUUGCUGAUUUUGGCCUAGCUAGAAUUGCAAUGGAAAAGGGUGAUUAUACUAAUUCCAAGCCAGUUCAAAGACCCUACCUUGCUGGCUCCUAUGGUUACAUGGCUCCAGGUACUUUUUUCAUUCCAAAACAUGCAUCUAUGCAGCAGAUCACUGAGAAGAGUGAUGUGUACAGUUUUGGUGUGGUCCUACUUGAGGUCCUGACAGGAAGGCACCCCCUAGACCCAACACUUCCGGAGGGUGGUGCACACUUGGUUCAGUGGGUUAGGAAUCACUUAGCAAGCAAAGGAGACCCAUCUGACAUUCUUGACCCAAAGCUGAGAGGGAAAAAUAAUUCCACUGUGCAUGAAAUGCUACAAACUCUAGCCUUGUCAUUACUAUGUGUUAGCACACGAGCUGAGGACCGUCCAACAAUGAAGGACACUGUUGCAAUGCUCAAGGAAAUUCGACUUGUUGAGGCCCCAAGCACAGGUACUGCCUGA